AUGUACAACACCGAGUUCGGGCGACGGCUACGCAGCCAGAGCUCCGGUGGCUCUACCCCGAAUUCCUCGAAACGAGAAAGCAGAACAACAGACGCUCUGAUCGGCUCUGCUACCGAUCGACUUCUGGCAGGAUCUCCUUCCAGCUUUUCAACCUCUCCCAUCUCCAUUCCCGGCUCAUCCAGGGAUGGCGCACGAAAGUCGAGCUCACAUCGAUCUUCAAGUUUGACCAACCUGGCAGGCACAUCUCGGGGCGACUCUGCCCGUUCAGGGUUGUCUGCCUCGUCCAGCAUCAAGUCGUCCUCACCAUCCAAGAAGCUCCUCGCCAGCAGCUAUGUCGACAGAUACAUCCCACAAAGAGACGGCACGGAUCUACAUACCGCAUAUCAGCUCAUAGGCGACGAUCCACCUACACCACAUCGGCACAAGCGUAAGAUCGCUGUCGACACAGAUGCACAGAAGGAAGAGGCAAAUCAAGCCUUCUCGUCUUUGCUAUCAUCCGAGCUCUUCGGAGCUGAAGCAGGACUGAGCACGUCACCAAGUCGAGGCCAGCGUGCCAACGGCUUCUCCAACUUUGCAUCCAGCUCGUCUUCCUCCAUCCACACCAGCGGCGGCUCCUCAGCGACGCGUCAUUCCAGUCACUCCGGCCUUGCAUCCCCAGCGACACCCACCAAGAGGAACCUUUUCAGCUACAGUCCGUCCCACAGUCGCACACCUGGUCGUAGCGGCUCGGGCAUGGGCAGAGUGGUGGAUUUCGGAAUCGCCGACGACGAGUUGGGCGGGACAGGAGCUCGCACCGGCGGUCUCUUUGGUGGGCUAGCAUCACAUUCAGUCGAAACGCUCGACUCGCCAAACCACCGCGCUUACAGUCUAUCGCCCGUCAAACCCGAGAGUCGCAGCCUCCUGCUCAGCCCUCGAAAGCCUGCACGCGUCCUCAGCAAGGUUCCAUACAAGGUCCUCGACGCUCCCGAUCUCGCCAACGACUUCUACCUCAAUCUCGUCGACUGGUCCAGCAAGAACGUCCUUGGCGUGGGGCUCGGCACCUGUGUCUAUCUGUGGUCCGCCGACAACUCUUCCGUGACCAAGCUGUGCGACCUGAAGGAGAACGGUAACGACGUGGUCACGGGACUCAACUGGGCCAACUCGGGCAAUCAUCUCGCCAUCGGCACGCAGAAGGGCUUGGUUCAGAUCUGGGAUGUGGAGAAGCAAAAGCUGCUGCGCACCAUGCGUGGACACACUCAACGUGUCGGCUCGUUGGCGUGGAACGAGGUGAUCCUCACCUCCGGCUCGCGCGACCGAGUCAUCUAUCAUCGCGACGUCCGCGCACCAGACCAGCACAUCCGUACAUUGCGAGCACAUCGACAGGAGGUGUGCGGUCUCAAGUGGAACACCGAGACGAAUCAGCUGGCGAGUGGCGGCAACGACAACCGUCUGAUCGUCUGGGAUGCGCUCAACGAAGCUCCCCUUCACCGCUUCACCGAGCACACCGCAGCCGUCAAGGCCAUCGCUUGGAACCCGCAUCAGCAGGGCAUCCUAGCCUCCGGCGGAGGUACCGUCGACAUGAAGAUCCGCUUCUGGAACGCUUCCACGGGCCAGAUGCUCAACGAAGUCGACACCGGUAGCCAGGUGUGCAACCUCAUGUGGAGCAAGACGGCCAACGAGCUGAUUAGCACGCACGGCUACUCGGGUGGCACCAUCCAGAACCAGAUCCAGGUGUGGAAGUAUCCCUCAAUGCAGCAGGUGGCCACCCUGACAGGCCAUACCAUGCGAGUGCUCUAUCUGUCGAUGAGCCCAACCGGCGAUACCAUCGUCACCGGCGCCGGUGACGAGACGCUCCGCUUCUGGGACCUCAACACCUCCCACAGAGCCCAGAGCGAUAAGCGACGCGAGGCAAAUGCUUUCAAUCCCUUCGCAAAGCUGCGUUGA